AAUGUCGACCUGUUACUCAAUUUGUUUCUCUACUUGAAAGGGGUAUGAAAUAGAAAACGGAUAUUGCUAGAAAAAUGUGAAACGUCGGUUCAAAGAUUUUCGCGUGUGCUUUUGUGGAUUUUUAUUAAAAGAAACUAGGAAUUAGAUUUAACUGAAUCUACACUAUCACAUUUAAGAAAAAACGUAGGUCGCAACUAUCAAUCGAUUCUUGUGAAAUGAUACAAUAAUUAUAUUUUUUUUGUUGAUUGAGUUUUAGGUUUUUUCGAAAAAUGCAAAAUUUUGUAGUGACUUGAUACCGCGAUGAAAUACACAAUGUUUUUCCAUAAAAGUUAUGCUAAGUUCGAAUUUGAAAGUCAGUCGCGGCGGAAUUUGCCAAAAGUACAAAAAAGAAGGCCAUUUCCGGUGCAAAAAAGGGGAGGCUGAUUUAACCCAUCUGAUAGGUACCGAAAGAAUAGUCAUGGCAGCAGUUAGACAUUUACUGGUAGACAUAGAAAAGCGGAAUUCUGUCAGUAUUUUUUGCCGCAAGUGUAUGGCAGAAUGGACUUAGGUAUCUUAUAUCUUCAUACAGGUAAUAAAAGAUGUUUAGGUACCUUAUUAUUAUUAAACAACAACUAUUAACACUUAUUGGAUGUAUCAUUCCUCCAUUCAAGAUGAAUUUGACGAUAUCUCAUACUCAUAUCAAUACCCUCAAGAGGGAAGUUAUACCACGUGAUUAUCCAACAUUGUGAAAACUUUUUCCACUUCGAAAUAUUUUUCAUUCUGCAUGGUUUUUAGUAUGUUAUUAACACAAUGAAAAAUUAGGUGUAAGUAUAGGUUUUCCUUUUUUUUCAAAAUUUGCAAAACAAACACAAUUUUUUUUUUCAAAAAAGUGAUACAGAAACCUAGAAUAUAUUAUGCUGAAGCGAUCGACAUCAAAAUCAAAGUGAUUUGAUAAGAUUUGGUUAGUUUUCUGCCGAAAUGGAAUUUCAUAGAAAAAAUAACGUUAUUUCGCUAUAUUCGAAAAGCUAUUCUUUCCACUUAAACAGCAAAUGCAAAGCAAAUGCAAGUCUGAACAGCAUGUCAACGACAUAACAUAAUAUUUCCCAACAUUCAUCUCCAUUUCCGCUUCAACCGUACCAACAACCAAUAGAAAUUGAUUUAUCUACCUUGCACUUGCCUUGCACACUCACGGCAGAGGCAGAAGCUAGGAAAAAUAACUUAAUGCGGAAAUAGAAUUCACUCAGCUCGAGCCGAGUUCCGGGCAUAAAUUCUGCGACUAUAAUUCAUGCUUUAAAGUCUUGAUUUUAGACCUUUCAAUAUACAGUGAAAGAUAAGAUAAGAAUCCUGACAUCUUGCAAUAAGGCUUCGUAACGCCUUCUUAGAGAGAUUAGAUAGAGUACUCUCGAUCCACCUUUCUAUUGAAUUUAUUCGUUACACUGAAGUGUUCCUUUUCUAACCUUUUCCAUCACGUAACAAGUGUACCACAGGUUACCAAAAUAAUGCCAAUUAGCACGUAAGGUUUAGCUGUUAGUGCUUAUUGAUUGAAAUAAAUAAAUGAAAAUAAUUAAUCCCUUACUUUGCCUUCAAAAUAAGAAGAAACUUGUAAUUUGCGCAGAGCACGAACAAUAUUUGAACAGUGGAACAUUGUUAGGCUUGUUUCCAUAGGUAGAACUUUUGGCUCGAAGUGUCCUCUCUUUAUUAAUAUCGUCAUUGUCAUGCCCAAAAGGGGGCGUAUCAAGGAAAAGACAUGGCGCGUCGCACGAAAUUGUGACGGAAGAUUUGGCGAUCGCGCGGGUUUUAACAUUUUACCUGAACGUAUAUCAUAUAAACAAUAGGUAACUUUGAAAUUAUAUUUUUAGUAUAGUAAUAAAUUACUGUGCUAGGUAUGUAGGGUAUAUAACGUUAGAAAAUGAAUGAAAAUUAGUGAUUUCUUUCUGUCGAAUCAACAUUUAAUAUUUUAAGGUUAGAGUCUGCUCUUGCAAAUAUAGUCUGGUUUACGCGUGUUUUUUAUGGUAUUUGCCUUUGUAAAAACGUGAAAAAAUCCAAUAUAAAAACUACAAUUUUGCUUUAGCCCUCCUUUUAACUUUCAAUUCCACUUUUGCCUGAAAAUUAAAUCCCCAAAGGAUGCGCUGUUUCGCCUCAUUUCCGGAAAGCGAACGGCGAAGCGAAGCCUUUCCAUAGACAUGUGUACUUAGAAGUAGACGCGUCGCGACCUGCCCCACGGCGCGGCCGCGUGCCCUACCGGGCCCCUCCACGUGGCUUCACUGACCCAAUUCAACAGCCCUCGAGUUUCCCAUAACGUUAUGCGAAACUUGAGGAGGUACUGGUUAAUCAAUUCGAGGGUUGUGUCUUGUUUCCUUUGCGCGGAGUUUCACAUUAAAUGUACCUAGGGGAUAGCGUGUGAAGUUUAUAGUUUGUUAGGCUUAGAUCGCACUGCGAUUAAUUUCUUCCGGUUACGAAAAAAGUGUAACGUGCCUAUGACAUGCAUCAUAAGCGCGCGCACUUGCGAUUGCACAGAAAGUAAUCACAGUGCGUUCUAAGCCUUAAAUAUCGUUUGCGUCUUUAUUUUAAUGGCAAAGAUACUUCGUUUAUCUUCUCUUCAAGCAUCGUGAAGUUUUCGCGUAGAAGCGUAUUCCAUUAUUAACCACGUUUUGAUGUCAACACCACUAUCAUUCGUACUUUGACUGCCACAAGGUUAAUGUGGGACACCUUUUGAACGCCAAGAACACCUAAAGGCGUCGUUACUAGUCGUGCCCACCGCGCCAAGGAAACUUAGGUGUUUUCGAGUAAUAAGCGCGCUUGCGACCGGGAGCUUGGCGUUUGAGUCAUGUUUGUGUUUAUAACACAAAGCGAUUAUAUAUAUAUGCUCCUGACCGUUUUCGGCCACGGCGACUGCUUCUACUCCUUUUUUGGCGUUCAUGUGCUCUCGUGUGGCUGACGUAGCCGAUCUUGUUGGCAAAGACCCGUGCGCACAACGGGCACGAGAGGACACCAUCAAGGUUAAGGAAUACAUAAGGGGAAAAAUUUGAUGUUACUUACUAGCUACGGCAGCAAACAAAUAUCGUGCGAGAGAGUUACUUAGCGUGGCUUGCACCACGCUCAAUUGACCUACCAGUGGCCAGUGUUUGUUAUAAUAAUAAACAUAAUAUUGCAUUAUAAAAUAUAAUAUUGCGUAAUAUACGAAGAAAUUCACUAUGAAUUUUACAAGCUUCAUUGUUCCACCUGCCCCUAUGGUUGUUUGUAAUAUUUAACAUGUUGUAGGUAUCAUUAAUUUGGCCUACGUUUCGGUUUCCGAAUUUAAGCUAAACCGACAAUAAAACAGUCUGCGACAAUAGCUUGUGUUAAAAAUGUUACGCGAAUUAUAAUGAUGUAACAAACGAUACCUAAAUAUGUUUAAUAAUUUACCGAAAAGUUACUAAACUCGCAGGUUAAACUUAAUAUAGUUAUAUAUUUAUUUCCACUUCAACAUUUUGCAUAGUUACGCCGUAGCCACGAUUUUCGAGUAACAUUUUGUAACAGCCAAUGUGGGAGCAGCAUUACUAACAAUAGCUAGUUUUUAUGGAAAUUGAUUUUAUUUUACGGUACCUGCCUACUGGAUACUUAUCGUGUUUCAAUGUUCGCGUGUUUUUAUUUGAUAUUUGUAAGUGUUAUUAAAUUGGUAUCGUUUAUAAUGUGGAAAUGUGGUUUUGGCUGCUCUUACUUUUGCCUAAAAUAAAUUACGCUAACGAUCAAGAUUGCGCGAACAUUGCUUGUGACCAUAAUAAUGUAAACGUGUGUGGUGCCCGUACUGGCGGGUCUAAGGAAGUUUCUUUUAGACUGUUCGAGGACAAAUGUGCGUUGCAGAAAUUUGAGUGUCAAACGGGAAAGAAAGGUUUUAGAUCUAUCAGCAUGGAGUACUGCAACCAAGCUUUAUCGCUGGACGCCAGACGAAAUAGCAACUUAAUGCAAAAUAUUACUACUGAGGAACAGGAAUCACAAAUCGAAGACACUUCUUUGAGUACAAAUACAGCAUUAGAUAUAACGGCCACAACUGAUAUUUCUGAACAUUCGACUUGUAUUCAAUGUGAUUGUACUGUUAAAUCCGAAGCUGUUUGUGCAAUAAGAGCGGAAGGAUCACGGUUCAUUAUCAAAUGGUUUCAUGACAAAUGUCAUAUGUUUCAGUACAAUUGUGAGAAUAAUGUCAAUUUUACCGAAACCGAUGACUACAUUUGUGUUGGACAUAAAAACAAUCAGAUAUCAAAGGAAAAUUUAUCGAUUGAAUCUGUUGAAAGAACUGGAGAAACAGAAGAUACAGAAAUGAUCGAGACAGAGCAACCAGAUAUAGAAAAUCAAACAUGUAUUCAACAUGAAUGUAUUUCAGAUGAUAGAGUAAUUUGUGCUAUAAGGACAGAAGCUGAACGUUUUAUAAUUAGGUCGUUUAAUGAUACGUGUCACAUGCUACAGUAUAACUGUGAGAAACAGGUAAACUUUAGUCUUACUGAUGAUUUUCUUUGUGCUCGAGAUAAUGACAUUACAGAAAAAGACGGAAGCGAGGAAGAUAUUUUAAGAUUUGAUGAUGUUAUAGAAGAAGUAGAAAACAAUACACAAUUGUUAGAAGAAAUUGAACAAGCAAAAGAUUUAGAAACAACAACAUUAGACAAUGAAAAACGUCAUAAGGUCGAAACAUCAGUUGAAGAAAAAGCGUUACCAAUAAAUUUGGUGGUUUCAAAGUUUAAUAUAAAUGAUAAUAUCAACCAAACGGUGGAAAAAUUCUUCGCUGCAUCUCAUACAACGGGUAUACAAUUAGAGAAAAUAGAAAACGAGGAUACACGCAGGAUGUUCGUGAAAUAUACGGGACCAAUCAACGUAUUCGCGCCGAGAACGUUCAUUCCGGCGAACCACACGCCCCUUGACAGCAUGGAUGAUGCAGAUUACCAUGAAUCUUAUCCGUUGGCCAAAUAUUGUUAUCACAAAUGUCCCAAGAAAUGUCCGGACUUUUACAGGCCCGUGUGUGGCGGUCGGAUCGAUAACAAGAAGCAAACUCCGUUCCUGUUCUACAAGAACCACUGCUACAUGGACAGGGCCAAGUGCCACAUGUUUUGGGCUGGGUACAAGGGUUUUAACCUAACAGAAAUUGAAGAAAUGGGUUUCAUUUUCUGCGGAGGGUACAAGAUAAUGAACAUGAUGUAUAUGUUUCCACUGAUCCGGAUCCUGCAGAAGAUGGGUCGGAUCAGGAAGAAGGGAAAGAUCCAUUUCGUGAUGCGCAACUUGGGCCAGUUUCCCGCACAAUUGCAAGGGAAGUAAAGCUGAGAGCAAUAAUAAAUACACACUGCACUAAGAUUUCAAAAAUAUACGGUUCAAGUCUUAACGCUUCUUUAAAGUCCUAAAAAUUCUGCAUAAGAAAAAAAAAACUAAAAUGUGAUGUUAUAGGUUGAUUCUUGCUAUAAAUUUA